AUGGAAGAGGACUCUCGAGAAGAGUACAAUGCAAGGAUACGAAGGAGUUUGACCGACUGGUUCGGUCCAUUUGAGGAGUUUCACGAUCGGGUGGCCAAGAAUCAAGCGACAAGUAGGCAUGGAUUGAUUAGGGCAAAAAUGAAGCCCCGACCAGCACCAUGUGUGAACCUCCAACUCCCUCCAUCCGACUCGCCGAGCCAUGUGCCCGUCCACGUGGCACUUCAAAGUAUGCGAAAUCUGGUGGACGAGCCAUUAAGCGCUCUGCCACACGAGUUCGCAGACCUGAAAAGAGCCGUGACGAAUGGAGGGAGGACGAAUCGAGCGCCAACGACGUCGUCAGCGUUUUCUCAACCUUCCACGUCUUCUGAAUCGACGAAAAAACGGAAAUUGGAAGAGACGACAGAGGAGGUCGAGGCGAAACGGAAGAAGAAUGAGUCUAGAAAUUCAAUCCCUCCAUCAACACCGGAUUCUGGAGUGCACUCGACGGAGAGCGAUCUGCACGAGGAUCAUGGUUCCGAGGAAAUUACAGCGAUUCUGAAUAUCAUGAAGACACUGGAUGUCCCUCAACUCUCUCCAAUUCCCGAUAAUCUCAUCGAGAAGCUCAAAAAAGAGAAAGACGCAGAGAAAGAGAGAGAACGACAAAAAGAGCGAGAAAAAGCGUUCGAAUCGCAUAAACAGCUAGAAAAAGAAACGCGAUUCUUGUCGGAUAGCUCCGUCUCAGCGGCUUCGACGUCCCGUGAGCCUUCUGAAGAGCCUGAAGUCGUUGUCCCUGCUGUGAAGAAGAUUCUGACGCCUCCACCACCGCCACCACCGACAUUUGUUGUUCCAUCUGCUGGAACGAUUAGGUUGAAGGCGUUGAAACCGGAAAAAUAUCAAAAAUUGGUGGAUUUGGCGAAGAGUCGCGGGAAGUUGAAAUCUGAAGACGUGAAAGCUGAAAAAUCGGAGAAACCAGAGAAACCAGUGGAAAAAAUAGAAAAAAUCGAUAAACCGGUGGUAGAAAAGCUGAAACCAGUGGAGAAAUCAUCUGAAAAAUCAACUGAUAAGAGAGAUCGGCCUUCUAGCAAGUCUGAAAAGCCCGAAAAGCCCGAAAGAUCUGAAAGAUCUGAGAAAAAGUCUGAAAGACCUCCUUCCGGAAAAUCAGACCGCCGAUCUUCGGAAAGGCCCUCUGAAAGGCCCGAAAAGAAACCUGAAAAGCCUUCGAAACGGCCUGAAACACCUUUGGAACGGCCUGAAAAGCCUAAAUCCGAAAAGCCCAAAGAAAAAGAGUCCAAACCAGUGCUCCCACCCCCUCCACGUCCACCAUCGAUCACUCCAGUGCUUCGAGAAUCUUCCAAAGCAACGCCAACAUCUUCAGAAGCAGCAACGUCUCGAAAUUCUCCCCUACCUCUUCAGAAGCCACCCAACAAGACUGUUCAGAAUCUCCAGAAUCCUGGCUCUUCUACAAAGAGUCCUUCUGGCCCUUCACCGCGAUCUCACAGAUCUACAACGCCUUCUCUGACGUCUUCUAGACCAUCCUCAUCACUUUCGGUCCAUGAGAAUGUCCACGUGGCAGUGGUGUCUUCAGAAGCAGCAGCUCCCACGUCGUCUGCAUUAACGACGCCGACGAAGGUAGCAAGAUGGGCGUGUCAAUGGGAUCAUAUGAAGUUGAAAACGACUCAGAGAGUGCCCAUUCCAGACCCCACAACGUCCAAGCAGACCAAAGGUGAGCUCUAUCACACCCUUGCGAAAGACUUCAAAUCGCAAGCCGACAAAUCCAAAGAUCGAGUGCUCCGCCCACUUCACUACAUGCUCUCAUCGGUGUAUUUUGUGUUAGAAGCGAUUUGGAAGACGGAAAAAGACCGAACGCCGCAGGCAAGGAUACAAUGUGCAUCGAUUUAUCGAGAUACUUAUGAGUUGCUAGGUGUCGCCGUAUUCCAAGGAGUCCGAGACACCGAUGACAUCCUCGCCGCCCAUAUCUUGCCACGUGUCAAAGUGCUCGGACAGAUUAUGCUAUCUGUGAUGCAGUACCAAAUGUACUUGUUUAGAGCUGAUAGUGCCAUCAAAAAUAUGCAACGACUGGAAAUGCGAGAAGUGACUGAAUCCAUAGACACCCGAUCCAUCUCCCGAACGUCUGAAGCAUCAUCGAUACACUCUCAAAACCAUCUUGCCGUACCCCCGACGGCUUCAAAGGGACCUACAGUACCCCACGGUGGCACUCCGAAAGCUAUGCUCUCCGCUGGAUCGACGCCUUCAGGACCACCGUCAACGCAGACGCCGUGGGUGGCCAGUGUGCAGUCGUGUCCGAAUACGACUGCCAAUGCUCUGAUCUUGGCCAGCAGAUACUGGGAGGAUUCGAAGAUUCUUGCCCGCCAAGUGGAUGCCAUGUUCAUCAAAGACAUCGAGACGGUUCUCGGCAAAUCGAUUGGGAUGGACAUGCCAUUUGAGUUCUUGGCACAGUUCGUGCUCACCGCCGUCGGAAGUUUGAAAGCCGAGUACGAGGAGGAGCAGCGGCAGCCGUUGAAACCGGUGUUGGCGAAGAUGAAACCAGGCCUGGAAUGCGCAGUCCGAAUGGGCUCUUUCCAUCCGGACCGCCCGGCUCCACCCCAACGACCACACCAAACCACGCCCACCCUUCGACAGCCACCUCCACCUUCCAAGCCAAAAUAG